AUGGAGGGCAUAGACCAGAUCUGGUCAAAGUUUACCUUCGUGCUUGGCUUCCUCAUUGUCUUCCGCAGCAACCAGGCUUACUCGCGCUUCUGGGAGAGCGUAACGUUGUUUCAUCAGAUUUCCGGGGAGUGGAUGAGUGCGUUCAGCAAUCUCCUGUCGUUCUGCAGCGCAGAUCCGGUGAAGCAGGCAGCAGUUGCUGAGUUCCGUCAAUACCUCAUAAGGCUUAUGAGCCUUUUGCACUGCAAUGCCCUUCAGACCUUGUGUGAACUGGAUGACGACAGGCUAGAGGUUGUGGACCUGGGCGGCAUAUGCCGAACAAGCUUAGUUCAUCUCAAAGGCAGUCCAGACAGAUGUGAGACCGUCUUGCUAUGGCUGGAACGUUUCAUCAUUGAGGCCGACAAGAGCAAGACCCUUGACGUUCCAGCUCCCAUCCUCUCCCGUGCCUUCCAAGAGCUGUCUCGCGGAAUGGUCGGGGUCACGAACGUGCGAAAAAUCCGUGAUGUCCCUUUCCCCUUCCCAUACUCGCAGUUUCUGUCGUUCAUUUUGGUGGUGCACUGGCUGGUAACGCCCAUCGUGGCUAGCCAAAUAAUAUUGAAGCCCUGGUGGGCCGGAAUCAUGGUUUUUGCUGUGUCCACCUCCUAUUGGACGCUUUACUAUAUUGCGCAAGAGAUUGACCAACCCUUUGGCGAGGAUGCAAAUGACCUACCGGUGAGAGAAAUGCAGCGUCAUUUUAAUGAGAAGCUCGAGUUUUUCAUCAGUCCUUUGUCUUGCUCAGUGCCAGAGUUUAAUCUAGAUGCGAGUCAACACAUCCAGAUGCUGAGUUCCACCUUUAGUGUUGCGCUUGCUUCGUCGGUGGAAUCUCCGGUGGAAGCCUCCGGGAGUCUUCCUGAAGCAUCCGCUCCGCUGUCCGCGGUGCAGAAGGACGUGGAGUCUUCAGCCUGCGAUCUCAUGGACGAGAAGCUGGCAGUUGCUCGAAGGAUGCACCUCGACACGGCGAAGCUCGAGAAGCACGAGAUCAUCGAAGUCACAUUGGCAAACGUUCCGAACUCCGGGCGUCAUCAUGCCCCAGCACCAGGUCGUUGCGAUUGUACAGCCGCUCCGGAAGAACAGCAUGCCACGAUCUGUCUUGGCCCUCAAGCACCAUUCUCACGCAAACUUUCCGAAGUCUCUGUUUUUCCGCCGGCUGCGGGGAUUCGCGAGGGAGCUUCUGGCGAGAGUGCACCGGGGCUAGCUGUAGAAGACAUCAAGCAGCUACUUUCCAUGCUGCCUGGAGAGCAGGACACGACACAGCUAGCGAAAGUGCUGCAAGUCGCACUAGCUGUAGAUUUAGACGGCCAAGUGCUAGGGGCAACGAAAGCUCAUCCUGACCCGCUGGCCCUCUUGACUAUGUUAUCUGGCAAGUUGGACGCCCUGAUGGCUUCGGAUGAGCUCCGUGGAUUUGAUUCUGAGCACCAGCAGAAGCUCCGAUUGCUGAGCCAAAGACUCCGAGAGAGACUCAGCAGAAUGAGAAGAGUAUGA